CCUAAGAAACCCACAGAUUCAAACAAAACUGAAUCGCUUCAAACAUUCCAAUCCAGAUGAUUCGAAAAUUCGACCGGAACCACCGCCGGAUACUGAAAUUCCCGGCGGUCAGCCCCUGCGAGGGAAUAUCCCCAUCAACACUCCUCGAAUCUCUGAUCGCCCUCUCCCACGACAUCUGCAAUUUCCGGUUCAAACCCUUCGCAUCCCAGCGCAAAAACGCGCGCGAAACGCUCCGGCAGAUCUCAAUCCUCUCGAUAUUCUUCGAGGAAAUCCGCGAACACGCCCCGCACAUCUCCGAUUCGAUCAUCCUCUGCUUGUCGGAGCUCCACAUCACGCUCCAGCGGAUCCAGUUCCUCCUCUCCGAUUGCGCCCGCGACGGCGCCAAAAUGCUAAUCCUCAUGAAAUCCCACACCGUCGCGACGCAGUUCCGGUCUCUGAUCCGUACCGUCGCGACAGCGCUCGACAUCCUCCCUUUAGACGCUAUCGGAAUCUCCGGAGAGAUCAAGGAGUUAGUGGAGAUGCUGUGGAAGCAGGCGCGGAAGGCGAAGAUGGAGGUCGAUGCCGCUGAUGAAAGCGCUACUAAGAGAGUGCUUUUAGUCCUCAAUCAAUUUGAGAACCGGUUCGAGCCCGACCCGUUUAUGAUCCGCCGGGUUCUCGGGUAUUUAGACAUCAAGACGUGGGGGGAAUGCCACCGAGAGAUCAGAUUUCUGGAGGAGGAGAUUCGCGCAGGAUAUUCGGACGGGGACGAGAGAGAGGUGCCGUUGCUGAGCAGUUUAAUCGGAUUGUUGAGUUAUUGCAGAGGAGUUCUGUUUGAGGACUACGAUGUAGAAGUGAUCAAUCAAUCAGAUGGGAGAGGUAGCAAUCUGGAGGUGCUUAAUUGCUUGAAUCCCGAGGAUUUUCGCUGCCCAAUUUCGCUUGAGCUCAUGACCGAUCCUGUGACCGUGGCCACCGGGCAGACAUACGACCGUGUCUCUAUACAAAAAUGGCUGAAAUCCGGGAAUUUUGUGUGUCCGAAAACAGGGGAGAGGCUGGCCAGCACAGAGCUUGUCCCCAACACCAGCCUUAAGAAGCUUAUCCAACAAUUCUGCGCUGAAUACGGCGUUUCGUUAGCGAAAUCGAGCAAGAACAAUCGAGAUAUUUCGAGGACUAUCUUGCCGGGAAGCCCUGCAAAUGCAGCAGCCAUCAAAUUCCUGUCUGAAUAUCUUACACUGAGCCUAGGUUAUGGAACUGACCGCCAGAAGAGCAAGGCCGCCUACGAAAUCCGGCUGCUGGCUAAGUCGAAUCUCUUCAACCGGUGCUGCUUGAUUGAAUCCGGUUCGAUCCCACCCCUCCUAGAACUGCUGGACUCGUCCGAUCCCACAAUGCAAGAAAACGCGGUUUCUGCGUUGCUGAAGCUGUCUAAGCAGCCGAGAGGGCAGAAAUCGAUCAUUGAAAACGGUGGCCUCAAUCCAAUUCUCGCAGUGCUCAAGCACGGGAAGAGGCAGGAAUCGAGACAGAUCGCAGCUGCAACGAUCUUCUACCUCGCCUCAAUACACGAGCAACGCAGGAAGAUUGGAGAGAACAAGGAAACAAUCCCUUCCUUGCUGGAGCUGAUCAGAGAUGGCACCGCGUGUAGCAAGAAAAACGCGGUGGUGGCCCUCUUCGCGCUGCUGUUCUACCACAGGAACCGCGACAGGGCCAUAGCAGCUGGCGCGGUGGCAACGCUGUUAGGCCUGUUGGAUUCCUCAGACAGGGCUGAGGUGAAGACAGACACGCUGGCGGUUCUGUCCAGAUUGGCAGACAGCUUUGAUGGCUCGGUGCAGAUCAUGCUGGCUUCGGAUUCAGCUCUGCCAUCCAUCCUGAGGCUGCUCUAUGGUAUAGAGACGCGGGCCGGGAAGGAAUACUGCGUCUCAAUCCUGCAUUCGCUAUGCCUCAACUGUGGAGCUGAUGUGGUGCCUAUUUUGGCGAAGGACGCGUCUCUGAUGACCGCGCUCUACUCACUUGUCACUGAGGGAACGUCUCACGCUGGCAGGAAAGCGCGGUCGCUCAUCAAGAUCCUGCAUAGAUUCUGCGAGACGAGGUCGUUUGAUCAGAAGAGGGAGCUCAGGCAAGAACAAGGACAGUUUAUUGAUGUGUGAUGUUUGCUGCAACUUUUAGUCAGCUGCAUUCCUCUGUGUAAAUAGGGUCAGUCAAAAGGUGUGUGUAUCUUCAUAGAGGAUAUGAUUCCUCUUUGUAUUAAUAGGUUUUAGCUCGAGUUUUAGGGAGCUAAUUGCCUGCAUAGUUCAUCCAUUUUGGGACAUUCAUACAUAUGUCCAUUCUUUGCUGUAAUAAUACAGUGUGAUAUAUUACAUUCUAGUAUGUACUUGAAUAAUUGAUUUGGUUUUAUUAUCAA